AUGGCAUGGCGAGUUUUGGUUAUGGCUGGCCUAAAGUAUUGAGUCCGAAGCUCCAUAACGAAAGUUUAAGUUUAGAGAGUGAGACAUUUUACCCUAUUGACUUAGUUAUUGAUGAACAUCGAAGCAAGCUUGCAGUGCUUUAUGACGAUAGAGUGGUGUUUUGGACCACUGGAAGAAUAAGAGUAGUGACUGGAAAGCUUUCUCUUUGUCGUUAUAAUAAAGAGAAGGGUUCUGUGAAAGGUUGUUGUUUUCGAUAUGACGGCAACAGGUGUGCGAUAUUGUUGGAAAGAAGUUUCUUGCUGAUAUAUAAGCUCGAACCUUUUCACGCUCCUCCUGGAAGGUCAUCUUGGUUUGACUUUGUUUCUUCUUCAGAAGGAAAUAGCCAAGAAAAGGAGAGUCAAUCAACGAACAAAUGGGCAGAUGAAUAUAUUUUGCCAAUUCUUUUGAUAGAGAAAGAUAUUAGCUCUAGCGAAGAAGAGAGCAUCCUAGCUUGUAAAAGUUGUCCUUCAGGAAUUAUCUUGGUGAACUCCACUUUAGAAGUGAUUUGUGUUUCGUGGGAAGGAGAGUUGUUUUGGCGCACGUCCAUUGGGAGGUUGCUUUCGUUAGAUACUAUCGGUUGUGAGAAUGGAAGAUCAGAAGGUUCUGUCUCUUUGGACUAUCAUAAUGGUACUGACCUUUGUGGGUUGACUUUGAAUUUUUCUGGCGUUGCGCUGCUCUUAAAAGUUGGGGAAGAAGGACAUAGUCUUCCAGGAAUAGACGAUUGCUUUAUUUUACGAGAAAAUGACGCUUCUUGUAUUGCGCUGGAACCACAACAGUGCCUUGCUGCUGUUGGACUCAGAAAUGGUUCGGUGGAAAUUUACAAUACAAGUGUAUUUUUGACUGGACAGCCGGUCUGUCUAAGAAGUCUUUCUUUGGAUAGUUUGUAUUUUUCGGUUUCGGAUAUUGGUAGAGUUGUAUCACUUCAGUGGACGUCCGAUGGAAACUGUAUUGCUGUUGGCUAUGAAAAGGCAGGCGUUGUUGUAUGGUCAAACUUUGGUCAUUGUGUUUUUCAUACUUUUUCAUCUUUUGAACAUCCUAAAGAAGAAAUGCGCUAUCUUGCAGAGACUAUACAAGAAAUGCAGAACAACCAUGAACAACUUGGACAAACGGAUCCUUCAUCAUCCAUUUAUGGAGAAACUAAAAUGGAAUCUUUCAAACAAGGUUAUUUGUUCCGACAUACUAAAGCAGUAUGUUGGGGUGCAUUUGGAUAUUCCUUGUUUGUUUUAGGCAGCAUUGACUACACGAGAAACCAUUGGGAAGCACAGUCAUUUGUUCCAUUUCUUCUAUUUGAGUUAAGUUUUCUUAAAACUGGAUUUUCAAAGGGAAGCUGUCAGAAUGAAGCCACACGUAGUUUUUUGUUGGGUCCUGACUUUUUUGUUUCGGAAGAUAACGCGAUGAUUCAUUAUCCCGAUAUGAUGUCUUCAAAAAAGAAGAUGAUACGGCAUAUUGAAGCACCUUAUGAAUAUGUUUCGAAUAAUUGGCCUUUGAGAUCCAUUUCGGUCAACGAUGACAAGAGCUUUGUAGCAGUUUCUGGCAAACAUGGAGUGGCAAUUUAUAAUACUCGUUCAAGAAGAUGGCGACUCUUUGGUGAUGUCGUUGAGGAGAGAAUGAUUCAGUGCUGUAGUCUUUGUUGGUAUGGACGUUCUAUUAUCAUUGGAAACGAACUUGCUAUUCAAAAUCGGAAAACUCAUCGCUAUGAGUUGCUGAUAUUUCCCAGGGAUAGCCUGUAUUUUUCAGCUAUUCAGGCACAGAUACCUUUGCAAGGAGCACCUCUUUUAUUAGAUGCUCGAAAAGAUGGCUUCGUAUUGGUCUUUGCAGAUGAUUUGCAGCUCAGACUGUUGAAACUCGAGAGUGAUCGUUCCAAAACCAAGUUUACUUAUUCGACUUGCUGGACAUUUCAUAUCACUGUAGAAGCUCCUUUAGCAUCUCCACGAAGAAUAACAAGAUGGAGAUCUUGUGGAACUUUUGUCUCUUCCGUUCGUUUGUAUCCGAAGCAACCUUGUGAAAAUGAUAUUCCUUAUCAAGUACUGCUUUUGAAGAGUACCGGCAGUCUCAUUUUACUUGACAUUUCUAAUGGUAUUUCCGUUCCAUUAUUACGAAUGGUGCAUUCAUUUUGGUUUCACAACACCGAUUGUUUGCCUGUUGGAACAGUGAAUAGUCCGCCGCUGAUCAUUUGGGCAGUUGCUGAGGAAGGAAUCUAUUGUCUAUUUGAUUCCAGUUGCACACAAGUAGAUAGCGUUUCGCCUUCCUUAACCCAGUCUCCUUCAAACAUGGCAUACAAUUCUCGUUUUGUUUCACACAAGUGGUUCCAUGGAGACCUGAAUAUCUAUCCUUUAGGCGUUGUUGGUUUUGGUGGGUUCCUAGCAGGUGUCUGUCCUUUACAGACUGCCAGUGUUACGAUAACAUUGGAUAAUAUUUACUGUCGGCUGCCUUGUUUUGGAAUUCAAAUAGAGCGACAAGAGUUUAUAAGCAAACUCUUCUUAUGUUGGCUUGCAGACGAAACAUUGGAAGACAUGCAAUGUUUGAAAUGGAUGGAAUCAUGUUCCGAAUGGGAGCAUUUUGAAAAUUGUUUGGAACGUUGUCUUUAUGAAUUACUGAUACACGUUGAAGCCAAGCGGAACAAUCGUUCACUAUCACAUGAAGAAACAUCUGAGCUUCAAGUUAUGGAACCAUUGCCUUCAACAUCUUUGACAUUUUCUAUAAAUGAAGAGUACGCAUUGGAUCGUUUCAUGCGACUUGCAAAGUACUUUGGAGAGUAUGAAGAUGUCAUUGUUGGUUGUGCACGGAAAAUGGAUCGCAAGUAUUGGAAUUUAUUGUUUUCUUAUGUAGGAGAGCCUUGUUUGCUUUUUGAAAAUUGCUGUUUAACGAAGCGUUUGACGAUAGCAGCUGCAUUUUUAAAGGUCAUACAGGAAUGGUGGGAUUUACAAGUGGCUGCGAUGCAUGCGUGGAGAUUAUUACAGUCCUGUUUGAAUGAAGAAAGAAUAGACAUUGCGGAACAAGUUGUCCUCUUUUUAGGACGUGCUGCUAUGGAAGGAUUAUUUUCUUAUCCCGAUUUUGAAAUACGAGAAGAAGACAAGCGCUUAUUGGAGAAUGGAGUAGUUGUUGGUUGCAAUGAUGACAGAGCAGUUCAUCCAGUGAAUGCCUUGUUAUUGCAAAAUAUGGGAAAAUGUUUGGAAAGGAUGCAAUGGAGACAGGCAUUGAAUAUCAGCAUGUGCUUUGGAAUAUCAUUGGCAGACUAUUGGAAAGUAAUGGAAAGUAGUUUUCAAUACAAGCCACUUUCUCAUGUAUUACUCUCGUUGCAUAACUCGUUUCAGUGGCCCUUUCCAUCUUCUGAUGUGGUUUGUAAAAAAUGGAGACUUUUAGGAGAGGAUCUUUUGGUAUCUAAUGAGGAGCAAGUGUUUGAAAAGUUGUAUGAUUGGAAAAAGAUAACUUUUCAAUAUGAAAAGCUGAAUGGUUACAAGGGUGAGAAAUAUUAUCAAAUAAUACGCCAACGGUUGCAAUAUCUCACUGGACAUGCAUUUGUUUCAGAACAAUGGGAACUUGUACUUUGUGGUUUAACGAUGUUACUCAGUUGUGAAGAGUUGAGAGUGUUGUUGAACUUGCACACCGGAUGGGUUGCCAGUUAUGUAGAAGGCCUUGAGAAAACACAUAUUGCAGGGUAUGCCACGUUGGCAUCUAAAUGGUAUUCAUAGAACGUGGGAGAUUGUUUUCGGUCA